CGGGCGCAGCGCAGGGAGCAGGGCUUCGGAGGCUUCGGCGAAGGAGACACACACACACACAUCCACAGAGGUAAAGAGACGGACAGAGCCAGAGAGAGAGAGAGAAGGGGAAACAGCAGCGGGAUCUGGUGAGCCGGCCCCGCUCGGCCCUCAGCCCAUCCUGCCCCCAACUGAGCCACGAUGAAUCCCGCCGUGGGCAUCGCCAUCCUGCUGGCAGUGCUGCAGGCUGCCCGUGGUCAGAAAGUGCACAGCCUGACGGCUUGCCUGGAGGGCCUGAACAUGCGCCUGGACUGCCGCUUCGAGAACAGCACCAAAGACCCUCUCAAGUUCGAGAUCAGCCUGACCCGGGAGAACCAAAAACACGUGCUGCAGGGCGACCUGGGCAUCCCCGAGCACGCCUACCGGUCCCGCCUCAACCUCAGCACCACGCAAAACCACCUGGCCCUCUACAUGACUUCCUUCACCAGCAAGGACGAGGGCAUCUACAACUGCCAGUUCCAGGUGCCCGGGGAGGUGACCCACAACCCUGGCAAGAACCUGACUGUCUACAAAGAUAAAUUGGCCAGAUGUGCCGGCAUCAGUCUGCUGAUUCAGAACACCUCAUGGCUGCUGCUGCUGCUGCUCUCUCUGCCCCUCCUGCAGGCCGUGGACUUCGUGUCCCUGUGAGCCCGGGCCUGGAGCCGGGGCCGAGCCGGGGCCUGGAGCCGGGGCCGAGCCCGGAGCCCGGGCUAGCGGACCCAGAAAACCGUGACGCCCCCCGCCACCCCCCCAGGGACCCGGGUCUCUCGGCCACCCAGUCCCCCAUGCGUACACCGCACCCCCCGUGGGGGAGGACCCAUCCCCCAUACAAGAAUCCCAGCUCCGCAUGCCACACUCCCAUUGCCCAACCCUCCCCACCACCCUCUCCCCUACCACCUUCACUUCCACCUUGCGGGCUAAACUUUUGUAAUAGUCGCCUGAGCCGCUUCCGUCUGCUUUGAUUUCUGUUUCUUUUUAGGGCUGGGGGAAGAGGCGGAGAGAGGGAGGGCUGCUUCUCCCCCACUCCUGCUGGGUGCCAGGGCAGGGGAUUUCAGGUGCCAGGGCCUGGAUUUCGGCUGGGGGGAUUUGGGGGGGUGAGCAGGGAGGGGUGGUCUCCACCUUAGAGCCUGCCACCACCCCGUCAGGCAUGAGGUCCCUGGUGACUGCAGGCCAGCAGGGAGUGUGGACGGCUUCCUUAGCGAGCCCGCGAACUGGGGAACUGCUGGCCGGCCUACCAGCCGGCCUACAAGCCCGCCCGCCCCACCGCUGGGCCCUGAGGAGCCCCUUCCCCUGUCCGGACCCUCUGCACUGUAUUCCGGCCUCCACCCUCAAAGAAAGCCCUAAGAAAAUGAGGACUUUGAAGUGAAUGGGGGGCGAGAGCUUUGUCACCCAGUCUCCCUGGGCCUGGUGUAGCCUCAGAACCCGGGACCCGUCCUGGGAAGGGGGACGACCCCCUACGCCUCCCCGUCCACAAGAGUUGGCAAGGCUGUGCCCGCCCCGGUGCCCUCUGCCCAGAUCUGUCCCUGUAGGGCAGGAGGGGGCCCGAGGCCUUCAGAGGGCAAAGGGCUCAAGGCCAGUCUUGAUCCGGGCGGGCGGCAAUUUGGCCGUUGGACGGUGUCGGGUGCCGGCCCCCGGCUCCAGGGUGGAAACAUCCCUGAGGAUGGGGCGGGAAGAUCCCUUUGGAGGAUGAGCCUCCUGCACCCUCCAGCCCAGAUUUUAUAGCUCAGGUAUCUCUCUCCAGCCACAUCUCUUUCCACAGACCUGGCGUUUCCUAGUGAAUACGAUGGAUAAACAGAAAAUGGUGAUUUAAAAAUAAUUAUAUAUAUACAUAUAUUUACAUAUAUAUGUAUAUACUCCCGAAACGCAACCCAGCUCCCCUCCUCCCUCCUCCCUCCUGAUGUCCAUGUCUCCUGUGAUCAUGUGUAGCGUUUCCACAGCUUGUACUCCGACAUCUGGUUGAGGAAAAAGAAAAAUACUGCACAAUAAACCAAAUCUUUGGAGUGUGUGA